AUUUAAAUUGCCCUUGAGCACGUGGUGUGAAUCCCGAAGUGCAAACAAGAAUUCCAUGGCGGAUGACACUGAAGGCGAACAAAACGUGCAAUCUGUCGCUGAUGCCAACGUGCGGACGCUAGGGCCUGGUGCGGAGUACAGGUUUGAGCUCGAGAAAGGUUCUAAUCUUACAAUAAAACUUGUUGAGGGCAAUGCUGAAGUCUUUGGUGCUGAGCUUGCUGAAGGGAGGCCGUACGUCUUCUGGGCGGAAUGUAAAGCCUGUGUAUUCACUUGGCAUGGGUGCAAACUUGAGGUCACAGGCCAAGCGUCGACAGAAUAUAUCUCUGAAGAAACCUCAAUGGCUCCCAUUCUCAAUUUACAUCUGUUGUUGGAACAAAUGCGCAUCCGCGCUCAUCGGUCCUCAAAUGGCACGCCGUCCGAUGAUGAUAAGAAGCCCGAGAAAUCCUCCAAUCCUCCUCGAGUGCUCGUUGUGGGGCCAGAAAACUCUGGAAAGACAACUGCGGCUAAGGUACUUCUCAAUUAUGCUGUUCGGUCCCCCGCAGAAUGGCAACCCAUACUCGUUAAUCUGGACACAAGUGAUGGGGGUUUCACAGUGCCAGGGACCCUCUCUGCAGCCCCUCUUGACUCCCCUAUUCUUUCAUCUUCCCCGUCUACAACCCUCGGGGGAACUGCAAGUACGGCUCCAUCAGCAGUCAGCUCCUCCGCCCUUAUGCCCAUCACGUACUGGUUUGGUUACCCGGAGCCGAAGAAAAGUCCUGCUGUGAUGGAGCAGCGCAUAAAAGAUCUCUCAGCCAGAAUACGAGAGCGACAACAGUUGGACCAGUUUGGGUAUACUUCCGGAAUCAUCAUUGACACAGGAGCUAGUUUUUCCCUGGCUUCUCCCUUUACGCACUCCGACCACAAGUAUCCACUUAUUCAAUGGGCCGUUGAGGCAUUCGAUGUGAACGUGAUAGUCGUAAUAGGUCACGAAAAACUGAAUGUUGAAGUCCAGCGACUUUUCAAUCAAGCCUCAAGCAGUGCGGCUAUAACUGUCGUCAAAAUUCCCAAGUCAGGCGGCGUCGUUGAGGUAGAUCAUGCAUACAAAGAACGUGUUAUAUCACACCAGAUUCUGUCCUACUUCUACGGCUCACACCAGUUUCUGCCCCAAGACGUUACGGACGUACAUGUCGAAACGUCGCUCUCCCCUUUUUCCUCUGACAUCGGCUUUGACGAACUCCUCAUCUAUCGCAUAGGCGGAGAAUCCAUAGCACCCUCUUCUGCACUCCCUAUUGGCUCCCAGGCCAUAGUGACUGAGCUGAAGCCCAUUAGGGUGGACCCAGGCAUCCUUGGUUCGGGGCUUUCACAUACUGUGCUAGCGCUUCUUUCGCCUCUUGAACAUGAGACGACCGGGGAUCAUCCGAGGAACCCACAGAUGAGGAGAUUAUAGAGCUCGAUGUCACCGGAUUCCUGAUCGUGUAUGUAGCCAAUCUCGCUUGCCUUUCUGCUCACUGACCCACUUAUUCACAACCCUGCUCCUUGUCGUGCCCGUUUUUUUGUUUCGUGUCAUAUUUGUAUCACUUCUCUUUUUGCGUGUAUGCUAUAUUGUCGUCUCCGCCCAUCAUUGUUUCUUCAAAUCGGGGUAUCGUAGGAAUGCGAUCGACAUGUCAAAACGGAAGAUGACGAUUCUUUCCCUCUACCGGGUUCACUGGCGGGUCGUAUAGCGCUCGCAGGGGGUUUCGAGUGGCAAGAACAAUAGAUCAUCGUGGCUAUGUUGAG